CAGCUCCAUGAGACUGUGAAAAGAAAGCUUGAUAGUGCUGCUUCCCCUCAGAAUGGAGACCAGCAGAAUGGCUAUGGUGAUGUAUUUUCUGUGUCCAAGAAGCUGCGUCGUGAUGAUGGCCUUGGUGGAGUGAGUGGCUCUUCCAAUGGAAUGCCCCCCGUGUCUCCACUCCAUCAUCUUGACAAGAAAUCUGGUGGUGGAGACACCUUACAACUUAACGGAAAGCAUCCCAUGGGGUUAGAUGGCAUCAGCAAGAAGUGUCUUCCAGAUUCCAGCCUACAGAUGAACGGAGGUGGUGAUGCUGAUGACUCAUUUCCUCUGACUCUGAACAAAGAGCUGAAGCAGGAGCCCGUAGAUGAUCUUCCAUGUAUGAUUGCUGGGGCAGGGGGGUCUAUAUCUCAGAAUAACUUGAUGCCUGAUCUUAAUCUUAACGAGCAAGAAUGGAAGGAACUUAUUGAGGAGCUUAAUAGAUCAGUGCCCGAUGAAGACAUGAAGGAUCUCUUUAAUGAAGACUUUGAAGAAAAAAAAGAUGCAGAUUCUUCAAAUUCAGCUGCACAGACUCCAUUGCCACAAGAUAUUAACAUAAAGACUGAGUUUUCCCCAGCGCCCUUUGAACAAGAACAGAUGGGAUCUCCCCAGGUUCGGUCCACUUCUUCAGGUCCAGCAUUUAUUGGUGCUGCUUCUGUACCUGUAAGUGCCGCUUCUCCAGCGGUUGGUAGUUCUCAGGCUAUGUUUCAGCCUUCCAGUCAGUCAAUGACUGAAAAUCCUAAUCAACCCAUGAUGCAGGCAUCAAACCACUCUCAGAACGUCCAGAGGCCUCUCCCUAAUGUGUUGUUACCUGGGAAGGGUGCAGGAAGUGCCAAAGAAAUGUCUUCUGCUCAUCAACUUCAACAGAUAGCUGCCAAGCAGAAGAGAGACCAGAUGCUGCAGAACCAGCAACAAGCUUCACAAGUCCACCAAACAAAUCAGAUGUCCACGUGGCAACAGUCUGGGCCUUCCCAUAGUCCACUGGCUGUCCCAUAUACCCUGGAAAAUCCCACCAGCCCAUCAGUUUUCCAGCCUGACUUCAACAAUCAGAAACUCAUGAUGCCUAAUAUGGGAAAUAAAAGCUCACCGAGAGCUGGAGGCAAUUACCAUGUGAACAUUUUGGGUCAUCAGCAAAACAGCUUGAACCAGAACCCUGUGAAUAGUCAAGGCUCUAUGCUAGACUAUGGGAACACCAAACCUCUUUCACAUUACAAAGCAGAAUGUGAACAGGGGGUGACAGUACCUGGUCAGAACAAGGCGCCCAUGUUGGCAUACAUACAACAGCGCCAGCAGCCACCGCUGUCUCAUGUGAGUGAUGACCAAAAUGGGAUGAUCCUGUUGAAACCCAAGCCUGGAAACAUUGCUUACCGACUGCCGCACAGCCAGGAUCAAAACCCUUCUCCUAACGUUCCUCGUGUUCCUGUUUCUGUCCCGGGCACUGGUGUGGGUGCCCAGGCUCCCAACGUCUCCAUGGCAGGUAACCACAGCAACCCCCCUUAUCUCAGCAAUCAGCAGCAAGCAGCAGUGAUGAAGCAGCACCAAAUGCUGAUGGACCAGCAGAAGCAGAGAGAGCAGCAACAAAAGCACUUGCUUAUGGAGCAACAGAAGCAGCAAUUCCUAAUGGAGCAGAGACAGCAACAUCUUCUGGCUGAGCAGGAGAAGCAGCGGCAGCAGCAGGAGCAGCAGCUGCAGCGGCAUCUGACUCGACCACCUCCCCAGUAUCAGGAUCAGCCGCAGAAUCCAUACCAGCAACCAGUUGGACAGUUCACAGGGUCAUCUUCAGCCAUGCCCGGGGUCAGUAAUUUAGGACAAUCCAGCUCCAGUAGUCCACGGAUGUUUCCUCAGACCCAGAACAUGAUUCAGAUGGGACCUGCACACAGUUCUGUUCCUCCACUCCAGUCGGGCUCCAGUCAGCAGGACCGGGGGGUGACUCAGUAUACCAAUAUGCAAAACAUUCAGCGAGGGGGAUUAUACAACUUGGCGUCUGGUAUGACACAGAUGGUUCCCCAGCAUGCAACUCAGAGUGCCAACGGACAGCCACCGAUGCAGAGACAAGGCAGCUUGGGCCAGGGUGCUGCUGUUCCUGCUGGGUAUGGGCAGAAUACCUUAGCAAACUCAAGUAUUUCUCAGCAGCACAAUAAAGGUGGUCUGAAUCCAACCUUAUCUAAGCCACAGAUGGCAAGAGUACCAGCUGCUAUGGGGGCUCAAAAUCCGUCUUGGCAGCACCAAGGUAUCCCUAAUAUUAACAACCAGACACAAGCAAACAGUGGCUUAGGACCGUUUACUGCCAGCUCCUCUUUCCACAUGCAGCAAACUCAUCUAAAGAUGGCCAACCAACAGUUUGCCCAAGGAAUGCCUCAGGUAAGCCUCAGCACCAGCAGACCGAUGACCUCUAUGAACGCUGCUGUCUCUGGGCAGAUGUUGUCGUCAUCUUUAGGUGCGCAGCAGCGGACAAACCCACCUACACAACAGCAGGUACCCUCACAGCAAGUCUUGCCUGGCAUCAACCAGACUGUUCCAGAUCUGAAUGCUUUCAACCAGAACCCAAAUCAGCAAAUGCCCAACAGAGGUAAUCUGCACUGUAGUCAAGGGUACCCUGUGAGGACAACCAGUCAAGAGCUGCCUUUUGCCUACAGCGGUCAGUCGGGCAAUAACGGACUUCAGAACUUAACUGGUGACACAGAUCUGAUAGACUCAUUGCUGAAAAACAGGACUUCAGAGGAGUGGAUGAAUGAUCUGGAUGAGUUGUUAGGAACUCAUUAAAA